CGACGACUCGCUCCUCCCAUUCAUCUCGAUAUAUUUAUACGAUCAUCCAUGGAGACGUCGGCGGCGGCGAUGGACCACCGCGCGGCGCCGUCGCUGUCGGCGGAGGAGAAGCGGCGGAUCGAGCGGGUGGCGCGCUGCGUGGCGCGGGACCGGGACGGGGACCUCACCGAGAAGCUGCUGCUGCGCCUGCUCAGCAUCACGCGCAACGGCCGGCGCUGGGGUUUCCUCGCGCCGGACCACCCGCUCCAUCCCUACUACCUCCAGCAGAAGGUCUCCGAGCGCUGCCGCAUCCUCCGCCCGCGCCCCGCCGCCGCCGCCGAUCGCUGAUUGUGAUUCGAUCCGAUCCGGCGGCCUCGGCUCAGGCGCUGCAUGCGGAUGUGCACGCAGAUCCGCCAUUGAUUGGCACCUGCAGCCAGGAUGCGUUGCGCGCACCACCAGAUUUUUCUUCUUCUGCCACUGCUUCGUUCCCAUUUUGUUAUUUUUUUAUUAUGUGAAUAUUUGGGAUUAAUUGUUGGGAUCAUAUAUCCUAGGUAGGAAGUAGACCAUAAUCACACGGAGUCUGAAAAGAAAAUUGACGUGCUUAUUACCUUCAGCAAUGGUUCCAUACUUCCAUAAUAAGCUUUUCAUCGAUUAUAUUUAUAUAUACUAUUUG